AUGGGUACUGGUAGCGGCAAGACACAGGUCGUUGUUCUCGCUUAUCAGCAGCACUCUUUCCUCUCGCGGCAGUUACCUGCUUUUCAGUUCAGACUCAUCACAGGCAUGGAUAAUGCAGAGUUCUGGAACACUCAAGAACUAUGGGACAAGGCUUUGCAUAAUAUCCAUGCUGUUAUCUGUACUCCUGCAAUCCUACUUCAAGCUCUCAAUGCGGGCUUUGUGACUAUGAAAGGUAUUUCGUUGCUUGUCGUUGACGAAGCACACCACUGUGUGGCCAGAUCGGCGCCCAAUGCUACCAUGCGACUUCACUAUCAUCAUUUCAAGACGACCGACCCUGCAUAUGAGCUACCACAUAUACUAGGCCUAUCCGCCAGUCCAAUCACCAAGAGAAGCACGGCCGAGAUAACCGAGCUCGAGGCCAAUCUUGAUGCCAAAUGCAGAGCACCCAUGCAGCAACUGGAAGAGUAUACUGCGUUUGUGAAUAUGCCACAGCUGAAAAUUUUGACAUUCGACGAACACUUAGAACCUGCACCAGAUAUAUUGACCAUCUUGUCAAAUAUAGUAUCAUGCUUGCAGGUCACGGAUGAUCCAAUCACAAAAACAUUGCAAGAAAGCCGUCAUUCCAAAGCCCAGGAGGACCUGGAGAAUAUACGCAGAAAAAAGGCAACUCCCGCCAUGACAGAAUUGCGAUCGCUUGUCAGAUCAGCUAGCACCAUCUAUGAAGUUCUUGGGAGCUGGGCUUGUAGUGCUUUCGUCGCUGCUUGUAUUCGGAAGCUUCAUGUGGCACCGCUGCAUGCUUCACUCGGACUAUACUGCAACAAUGCGGCUGUGGCAGGGAAUGUGUCUCCCAAGGUGGAUGUUCUGCUCAAUUUUCUCGCCAAAGAGAACCGAGCCGAUCUUAGAGGCCUCAUCUUCGUCCAAGCAAGACAGACGGCUUGGGCUCUUACCGAAGUCAUCAACAAUCACCCUGCUACACGAGCAUACCAGGCUUUUUCAUUCGUUGGGUUAUCCAAUGCUGCAUACCAGAGCACCUUCGAUUUUGCUGAACUGCGCCUGCAAAAUGAAAACCUCGAGCGAUUUCGUCGUGGAGAGCUUAAUCUAUGUGUAGCGACCGCUGUACUCGAGGAAGGCGUCGACGUGCCUGCCAUGAACCUGGUCAUAUGCUUUGACGAACGCCCCAAUUUGCGCAGCUUUGUGCAAAGCAGGGGAAGAGCACGACAGCAGAGUUCGAAGUUUGUCAUACUUCGCUCACUAGUCGACUUCGAGAGCAAAGUCAAGAAAUGGCAGGCCUUGGAGACCGCGAUGAAGUCUGAAUGCGAAAGAACGGCAGAUGAUCUAGAGAAACGCCAAAACACUGAGCAGGGCGACGAGCCCGAUGGUUCUGUGUUCCGCGUCCACUCAACUGGCGCAACAUUGACCUUCGACAACGCUCGUCCGCUGCUGCAGCGAUUCUGCGCCAAGUUGCCUAAGAAGGACGAAUCUGAACGUGACCCUACCUUCUGCAUCGAUGGCGAGGUUGGGAAUGAGGUGUCUGCAAGGGUAUAUCUACCCAGUGUUCUCCCAGCAAAGUUGCAGGUAGCACAAUGCAAAUCGAACUGGCAGACGGAGAAGAUGGCCAAGAGAGAUGCGGCAUUCCAAGCAUACCUGGCGCUUUACACGGCCGGUUUGGUUACAGAAAACCUCCAACCCGUACGAUGGUCAGAAGAUACUGAUGCAGAGCAGGAUGCAACAGACAUGAGAAAUACAGAAGAGAGAGAGAGCAUCUACGUUGUCAAGCAACAAUACAACCCCUGGCCGGAAGUGUUGCAGAGUUGGACAAGAUGCCGCGCUGUUUAUGCUCAUCGACUACAAGUCAAGAGCGAAACUGGCCCGAUGCCAACUCUGCUCCUGCUUCUCCCGGUGAAGCUUCCUGGAGCCAAGUUUCCUUUGUACUCAACGCACUUGGACUGUGUUGAAGUGUCACUAGGCUCAGGGGAAGAGGUUUAUGACUGUCCGCUGGACCUGGCGCAAGAAAUCAGCUUGUACCUGUUGGGCAUCGUCCUAGGAAGAAGACUGCAAGGAUUCCAGAAACAUCAGUUUCCUUUUCUCCUGCUGCCAGACGUCAAACAACAAUCGCUUCAAGCUUGGUAUGAGGAUAUCUCCAUCACCAGACCGCUAAGAAGUCUCCUGUUGAACACCAAAGGUCGAGAGUAUCUUAUAGUGCACAGCAAUCAACACAUUCCUUACGUCUAUCGACCAGAAAAAGGUGGAUUUACCUCCGAUGGCAUGAGCGACGGAGAAGGUCUCGAAAUCCUUGCUAACAGACUGUCACGCAAACUGGAGAUUCUUACUCCGCCUGUGACUUCUGCGUCGAUGGAUGUGCCUGUGUUGCAUUCACUACCAGUUGGUCGAUGUACAGUUCUUGGGCUUCCCGUCCCAUACGCUCGUCUUAUAUUGCUGGUGCCCUCUAUUACGCAUAUGCUCGAAGGUUGUCUACGUACCAUGGCCGCUUGCAACGGACCUCUAGCAGGACUGGGCUUCACGGAUAUAGACAUGGUAUCUGAAGCUCUGACAUUGCCGAGAGUGGCAACCCGAAACUACCAACGUCUUGAGUUCAUCGGGGACGAUUUACUGAAGUUCUACGCCUCGAUCCAGGUGUUCGUGGACAACCCCAACCAUCCUGAAAGCCUGCUGACAUUGGCUCGUGAGCGAAUCGUCUCAAAUGCCCGCCUGCAACAAGCUACCAGAACGCUGGGCCUCGACCAGUUUCUCACGCAGCACCGGUUUUCCGGCGCCGAGUGGACAGCCGGAGUUACCAAAGAAGAGAUCCCCGAGGGAUCAUCUGUCAAGACGCAUCUCUCAUCAAAGGUUCUUGCUGAUGUGAUUGAAGCCCUUAUCGGUGCUGCGAGCUUGGAUGGAGCGAAGUCGCUCAAAUCUACGUCUUUUCUGGAAGAGAAGGUCAUCCGCGCCCUACAACUCUUCAUUGAUGAGAUUCCCUGGAGACGCCUGUCCGAGAACAUAGCCAGAGUACCUAUCAUGGACAAUUCCGAUAUGAAUAUCGAACCCUUCAAACCCGUCGAGUCUUUGAUAGGGUACACGUUCGAUCAUCGCGCACUCUUGGCCGAAGCGCUGACGCAAUCCUGGCUCGGAGGUCAAGUCUCGUCGUACGAUAGGCUCGAAUUCCUAGGCGACGCUGUUCUCGACCAUAUCGUCAAGACCAAACUAUUCCACAGUCCUCUUCACCUCGAUCCGGAACAGAUGACCCUCCGACGGCAUGCGCUCGUUAGCCACGCGACAUUGGCAUUCUUCGCCUUCCAAGCAUCUUACACCUGCACUGCGUACGAGCUGGAUACUGACCCGUUCACACGCGAAACAGUCGAUCGCCAAUCAACCAGGACCGUCUAUCUAUUCGACCAUAUACGGCGUAUUGGCAACCGUGAGGAUCCAGUCCGUCGCGAAACCACGUUGGCAGCUUACGACGACGUGCGUGAUGACAUAAUCCACGUGCUCAAGCAGGGCCGCAAAUUUCCUUGGUCGGAUCUACUACACAUCGGAGCACCGAAAACGUACUCGGAUGUCAUUGAGUCGGUUCUCGGCGCCGUGUUCAUCGACUCACGCGGCGAUUUGGAGGCUUGCACCCGCAUCUUGGACGCUCUCGGUUUCAUGGAUCUAGUCAAGCGGUUUGCGGCAGCGCCGGAGGCGAAUCUGGACGUCCGCCAUCCCGAGCAACUGCUCAGCGAGAUCCAGCCGGGUUGCAAGCUUUUGGCCAGUGAGAAGAAACGAGUCGACGUUGAUGUUGUGAAGCGGUGGAGAUGUAAAGUCAUGCUUGACGGUGAGAGAAUUACACAUGCGAAGAGAGCGACGUGCAAGGACGAGGCACAAUGCAGGGCGGCGGAACGUGCCGUGGAAGUUCUCUCGAAGAAGCGAAAGAGACGGUCUGAUGUUGCUGUGAUGAAAGAAGGACCGGCACCACAAGUCAUUGCAACGGCAGCGCCACGAGAACUGCGGAAACGGGGUGGGAAGUAA